UGGUACCUGCAGGGCAACACCCCGGCGUCCCUGGAAGCGGGGAGCCGGGGUGGUGCUGGGGAAGCGGCGCAGCUUCGUCGCCCGGAUCCUCCCGGCGUGGGGGACAGGAAUAUAAGCCCAGACCAAUCAUGGCUGGACAACCCAUCCGCAUAGGAGACCAGCUGGUUCUGGAGGAAGAUUAUGACGAGACCUACAUUCCCAGUGAGCAAGAAAUUGUUGAUUUUGCCCGAGGGAUUGGUAUUGAUCCCAUCAAGGAGCCAGAACUGAUGUGGCUUGCACGGGAAGGCAUUGUGGCCCCACUGCCUAUGGAGUGGAAACCAUGCCAGGAUAUCACGGGUGAUAUUUACUAUUUCAACUUUGCCAAUGGGCAGUCCACGUGGGACCAUCCGUGUGAUGAACACUAUCGGAACUUGGUGAUCCAAGAACGGGAGAAGCUGUCAAUUCCUGGGGCUGUUAAGAAGAAAGAUAAGAAAAAGAAAAAGGAAAAGAAAAACAAGAAGGACAAAGAGACCUCUAAAAGUCCCCUGGCGGCAGGUUUCUCCUUAGCCCCAGUCCACGUUCCUCUUUGGGGCCUGGGGCCUUUACGAGGUCUUGGCGAUGCCCCCUCUGCUCUUCGUGGAUCUCAAAGCAUGAGCCUGGGGAGCUCAGCCGAGUCUGGGCAGCUUGGAGAACUCACGUUGCCUCCACAGGGUCUCAAGACUUCUGCUUGUACAAAGGGUCUCUUGGGCUCCAUCCAUCAGGACAAGAAUGCUCUCAGCCUCUCAGCUUUAGGGGAGGAGGCCAACAAGGAGGAUGAAGAGGAGAGUGACAACCAGAGUGUCCCCAGCUCCGGUGAGCUUCUUAAGAACCUGCACCUGGACCUCGGGGCCCUGGGUGGUAACUUUGAGUAUGAGGAGUCUCCAAGAACAAGCCAGCCAGCAGAGAAGAAGGAUGUUUCUCUUGACCCAGAUGCCGUAAGGCCUCCUAUUCCUGGUAGACUCUUGAACCAAGAUGCAGACAGCAGUCUGAGCAGUGCCAAUGGCACUCGGCUAGAGGAUGGAGAGGCAAGUCCUUGGCUCCUAGGAAAAGAAGAACAAGAGAAGAGUGAUCGUAGGGUUCCCACAAGUCCCAGAACCCCUGGGGCGGAGCCUGGGGGUGAUGAGCCUACCAAGUCCCCCAAAAAGAAAUCACCAGAGGACCUGGUGGAUGCAGGAGAAAAGAGUUCCAGGAGCGAAGAAGCAGCAAAGGAGCCAAAGAGAGAGACUUCUGUCCUGAGAGAGAGCAGAUCAGACGCCAGCAAGGAGUCAGAGAUCAUGGAACAUGUGAAGGAACUGCUCUCAGAUUCUGAGGCUUCUGACCCUAAGCCCUUCCUUGGCCUGGACUUUGGUUUUUGCAACCGGAUCUCAGAACACCUCCUGGAUGGUGAUCUGCUUUCCCCAGUCUUGGAUGGAGCUCGUUGGGAGGCCCAGGGGUUAGGAAGAGAAGAGCAGGAUGCCAGCCAGUCCAGCCAAGCAGAGCUGCAGUCCAAAGACUCUGAGAGGUUAUCUCCUCCACUUCUGCACGGUGAGCUCCAUAGUCCCCUUCACAGCCAGGCCGAUGAAGAAGGGCCUCCACAGUCUCCUGAAGGGCAGCCUGAAUGCAAGGAAGUAGAGGAGCCUGGGGAGGACUCUGUAGUUAGACCUAGUCCACUGGUGUCUUGCCAGAGGGAUCUGGCCCCAAGCCCACCUGCUGCCCACGAGAAGGGCAGGGAGCAGCACUUAAGGGCUGAGGAGCUGGGCCCUCUGCAGGAAGAGGCCGAGGAGCCUGAGGAGAAGGUGGUGGUCAGCCUUACCCUGCCAGUCUCUUCAGAGGUACGAUCCUCAGAGCCUACAGCUUCCCCAAAGCAACUCUCAGAGGCUGCAAUAAAGGCCAUGCAAGAAGCUGAGGAACUUGAGGAAGUCCAGAGGCAGCUACUAGAGUCACGGCAAGAGAAGCUGCAGCAACUGCGGGAGAAGCUGGGACAAGAGGAGGAAGAGGAGAUGCUCCAGCUUCGCCAGCAAAAGGAGAAGACCCUCAGCACCCUGAAGGAGCAGCUGCAGAAGGCUGCCGAGGAGGAGGAGGCUCGAAUGAGAGAGGAAGAAGACCGGAGAUUGUCCCAGUUUCGAGCCCAGGUCCAGUCCAGCACAGAAGCAGAUGAGGACCAGAUGAGAGCCGAGCACAAGGCUUCCCUGCAGAGGUUGAGAGAAGAGGUGGUAUCCCUGCAGGAGGCUGAGAGGGCCAGCCUGGAGCAGAAAAGCAGGCAGGCGCUGGAGCAGCUUAGGGAGGAGCUGGAAGCUUCGGAGAAGAGAUCACGGGCCACCUUGAAGGCUGAGAACGAAGCAGCUCUGCAGCAGUUGAAGGAGCAGCUGGAAAGGGAGAGGAAGGAAGCAGUGGCAGGGCUGGAGAGGGAGCACUGUGCUGAGCUGGAGCGGCUCCAAACUUCGCUGGAGGCCAAGCACAAGGAGGUGGUCUCCAGCCUCCAGAAGAAGAUAGAGGAAGCUCAACAGAAAGAGGAGGCACAGCUGUGGGAGAGCCUUGGAUGGACAGAGCAGAGAACUCACCUGAAGGUUCAUCAGGUGAUGGGGUAUGAGCAAGAGCUCAGCAGCCUCCUGAGGGAGAAGCGACAGGAGGUGGAAAGGGAGCACGAGAGGAAGAUGGACAAGAUGAAGGAGGAACACCAGCAAGUGAUGGCCGAGGCCAGAGAGCAGUAUGAAGCUGAGGAGAGGAAGCAGCGGGCUGACCUUCUGGGUCACCUGACUGGAGAGCUGGAGCGCCUGCGCAGGGCCCAUGAGCGAGAGUUAGAGACUGUGAGGCAGCAGCAGGACCAGCAGCUUGAGGACUUUCAGUGCCGGCAGCGGGAGCAGGAGAGGAAACUCCAAGAUUUAGAGAUGGAACUUGCUACCAGAACUAAAGAUGUCAAGGCCAGAUUGGCUCAGCUGAAUGUCCAGGAGGAGACAGUGCGGAAGGAGAAGCAGCAGCUGCUGGACGAGCAGAGACAGGCUGCUCUGGAGAGGGAGGAAACAACAGUCACACGGCAGCAUCUGGAGGAAGCGAAGAAGGAGCACAUAUUGUUGGAGUCAAAGCGGCAGCUCCGAAGGGUGCUUGAAGAGCUGCGGGUCCGAAAGAUAGAGCUGGAGUCCCAGGUGGAUCUGCUGCAGACGCAGAGUCAGAGGCUGCAGAAGCACCUCAGCAGCCUAGAGGCCGAAGUUCAGAGGAAGCGGGCCAUCUUGAAGGAGCUGGCAGUUGAGGAAAGUAAUGCUUCCCCACAUUUUGAGCCAGAUCUCCACACUGAGGACCUGAGGAGAUCCCUUGGGACAAGCAAGGAGGAAAUCGACCUGUCUAUGGACCGUGUCCGGCACUACCUCUCUGCUGAAGGGAUAGCUGUGCGUAGUGCCAAGGAGUUCCUGGUACGGCAGACACGCUCCAUGCGUAGGCGGCAGACGGCUCUGAAAGCUGCCCAGAAGCACUGGCGCCACGAGCUGGCCAGUGCCCAGGAAGAGGCUGAAGACCCACCAGGCACCAAGGUCCUGGAAGAUGUGCGCAAGAACAUGGAGGAGGAGACCAGGCACCUGGAUGAGAUGAAGUCUGCCAUGCGAAAAGGCCAUGACCUGCUAAAGAAGAAGGAAGAGAAGCUGAAUCAGCUGGAAUCCUCUCUUCUGGAAGAGGCUUCAGAUGAGGACACUCUGAGGGGAACCUCCACCAAGAAGGUGACAUUUGACCUCAGUGAUCUGGAAGACAUGAGCAGUGAGAGUUCUGAAUCCUCUUCCCUGCCUCAUAUCACCUCAACCCCCAUCCCCAUCUUCCCCAACAAGAUCCACUACCUGAGCAGCUCCCUGCAGCGGAUUAGCAGUGAGCUCAAUGGAGUCCUCACUGUGCUGGGCAGCCUCAACUCUCAGCCACCACCACUCUUCACUUCCUCGCCAGCUUCCUUCUCACCACGGUCCCCCAAGAGUGCCCCCAGCCCCACCUACACCUCCCUGGCCAGGGUCUCAACCUCAUCCUCUGUUACACCCACGUCCACCCAGUGGGCCUGGGACCCAGCCUUGGGCCCCAGGCUCUCCUCCUCCAAGGUGCAGACAAUGGAUGACUUCCUGCUGGAGAAGUGGCGCAAGUAUUUUCCCUCUGGUAUCCCAUUGCUCAGCAGCUGUCCCACUCCCCUGGAGAACAGACUGGGCUACGUAUCUGUCAGUGAGCAGCUCCGCCUCCUGCAGCGACCCCAUUCCCGAGUCCCCGAGAUGAGCAGCACCAGCAUUCAGGGCAUGAUUGAGUCUAACCGCAAGUGGCUAGAACGCUUCAGGAACGACCCCCAGACACAUCUCUUCUCCUCAGUGCCCAAGCCAGCAGCCACUUCAGGGCUUCUGCAGCUGGGCCUGGAUGAGAACAACAGACUGAAUGUAUAUCGCCACUGAGUUGAUGGGAGCCAGGGCAGCUGGCCUCCUCCCCCAGACCAAGUGCCUGAGGAACUGCCUGCAUGACACUCCCUCUGAUAAAGCCUUCUUCUCCUGUCCUCUUUGCCGCAUGCCCCACUCAAGACUUGGAGGAACUACAGGAGCCAGGGGUAGGAGAAAAGGAUGAUACUGCUGGAAAUAGUAAGCUACUCUGUGACCACGGACCGUCUUGAGCUGAAAUGUGUGGACUUCUGUGAGCUCUGUGUGAACAUGGCAGCACUGAGGAGGUGAAGCUGCUGAGAGCCCUCAGGGACGUGGGCACCUCUUGAGAGAAAGGUGUCAUUAGAAGAGCUGCCUUUGGAGGCCGCAGGAAUCCUAUAGCUGUGUUUUUCCCCUGGCCUUCGGGUCCUUGCUUAGGGCUUUCAUGAAGGUUAGGUGUGGGGUCCUUAAUUUACCCAGACAAGGCCUCCCAGCAUGUCUCUGCCCAGCACCUGCCUCUUUUGGGCCUGCACGUCUCUUUAAUACCUCAGCCUCAUAGAGAUCAGAUUCCCUGUCUCCUCUUUCUUCUUUUUUUUGUUGUUUCCUUUCUUGAGCAUUUUGUUUUCUUUUGACUAUCUUGGCACUGGGCUCAUCUGCCUGGAGCCCUGCUGAGGCUGCUGGAGGCUGGGCCCCAGAAGUUUUGUUCAUUUCCCUGGGCUGGCACUGCUUUCUUUGGGGCUUUCCUCACGGGCCCUCCCCUUGUCUUGGCGGGGGGGUCCUUCCUGGGCCUCCCAGCCAACUCUCAGGUCUUAAGCACCCCCGUUCUCUAGGAAACCAAAAAGCCAUAGGGAAAGACCGGGUGGCCUCUGGUCCUUGUUUCGGUUUUUCUCUUCCUACAACAUCCAAAUGUAUCCAUGGGCCCUGUUUCCAUCUGUCUUUUCUACCUGUGCCACCCCUAGCCUGAUCCCACUGCUGCCUCUUCUCCCAGAGCUUGGCAUUAGGGGCUGGGCCGGUGCCUGGCCCUGGCAGGGAGGCCUUGUACCAGGUGGAGCUGCUGCUUGACUGGCACAGCUUCCUGCAUCUCCACUUCCCAUCAGCAGCUCCUCAGGGGUGGCAGGUGAUGUUCUCUGACAUCUGUUCCAUUGUUUAAACAAAACGCCUCCAUUUUUCAUGUCUUCAAAGCUGCAGGGUUGCCUUUGCCCCUCCAACCCACAGAAACCAGCUCUAGCAGUCCCACCAAGCUUUCCUUUGCCAUGAAAUAAGACAAUGGGAUCCAAAUGGCUUUUUUGUACUC